GGCGGAGCUGGGGGGCGGCCGCGCGCGCGCUCUCCGCCAUGACGCUGCCGGUCUUCUUCGGGUGCGCCUUCGUGGCCUUCGGGCCGGCGCUGGCGCUCUUCCUGCUGACCGUGGUGGCCGAGCCGCUGCGGGUCAUCAUCCUCAUCGCGGGGGCCUUCUUCUGGCUGGUCUCGCUGCUGCUCUCCUCGCUGGUCUGGUUCGUGGCGGUGAAGGCCAGCGACCCGGCCGACCAGGCGCUGCAGAAGGGGCUGCUCGUCUUCGGGGUGCUCUUCUCCGUGGCGCUGCAGGAGGCCUUCCGCUUCCUCUAUUACAAGCUGCUCAGGAAGGCGAUUGAGGGGCUGCUUGCCCUCAGUGAAGAUGGCUGCUCCCCCAUCUCCAUCCAGCAGAUGGCCUAUGUGGCCGGCCUGGGGUUCGGACUCAUGAGCGGCGCCUUUGCCAUGAUCAACCUGCUGGCAGAUGCUCUGGGGCCUGGUGUUGUGGGCAUCCACGGAGACUCCCAGCUCUAUUUCCUGACUUCAGCGUUCAUGACUCUUGUGUUGAUCCUACUGCACACCUUUUGGGGCAUCGUCUUUUUCCAUGGCUGUGAGACACGGCGCUGGUGGGAGGUGGUGGCCGUGGUGCUCUGCCACCUUGUCAUCUCUGCCCUUACCUUUUGGAACCCCCUCUACCUGGGCAGCCUUCUGCCGGCAUACCUGCUCAUGGUGGCCAUGGCGGUGUGGGCCUAUCUCCUCUCAGGAGGCUCAAAACAGAACCUGCAGCACUUCCUCCCAUGCCUACGGACCGCGCCACAGGCGGGAUCCUGAGCCCUCCAGCCACCCUGCAAGGAAGCCGGGCCCCGGACUCUGAGCCUGGUGCUGCCCUGGAGGGCACAUGAUGUUUGUGCCUUCAGCAUAUUGGGGGCCACAGAUGGGACCAGGACUGUGGAACAGCUAUCCCCCGACUGAUUCCAGGAGAUAAUGCUGCGAAGCCUCCAGGGGCUGUCCUCAGUUUGUGGUGCCGCCUUCCUGAAUCCUGCCAUGUCCCCCCUUUGGCUCCUGAUGCUCGUUGGGGUGGGAGGGGAAGGGCCAUUGGCUGAGGGCCAGGCGGAGGUGGCCAAGCGCCUCUGCAGGGUGCAGAGAAGAGCCGCUGACCACCUGCUGCUGCUGCUCUUGGGAGAUGGGCGCAGAAUGGAGCCAUGGCUCCCCUUCUUAAGUAGUACUAAUAAAGAGACUGGAGAAAAGCUCAUGUGUGUUGCGGGGGGUGAGGCAGGUGCCCCAGCCUUGGCCUCCCAUGGGGUUCCUGCUUGGUCAGCUGGUGUGGCCAUAACUUUGCAAAAGAGCCAUCUGCCUGUGGCUGGCGAGCUGGAUGGGUGAACAGGGAGUGUUUGGCAGCCUCUGGGAGGCAGCAGCAGUGCGGCCCCAUUCAUGGGGAGCCCUUGGAACUGGGGGGGGGGGCGGUCACAAGAGAAACGACCCUGUGU